AUGCAGCGGUUCCGUUGCUUUUCAAGGCCCCGCGCCUCGGGCCUGAACAGACUCGGCGGGUUGAACACCCAGUCGUACAGGUGGACGUCCUCUCAGGCUGAGAGGCAACCUCCGCCAUGGCGGCCAGCUUCUACCCUUGACGAUUGGGUCGACCGCCCGAUUCGUCCCAUCAGCCUGCGCCAGCUGUUCUUCUUCGGCCGGACCUUGACUGAAAGUCGCUUGCUGAGCUCUGCCAACUAUGUGCGGAUGGAAUUGCCCACCAGGCUUGCCCAUCGACUGCGAGACAUGCAGCGUUUGCCCUAUGUCGUGGUGACGAACCCGCAUCUUUCCCUCGUGUACGAGCUCUAUUACAAGUCGUUCGAGAGUUUUCGGCGUGUCCCCGUCAUCCGGACUGUCAAAGAGAAUGACGAAUUUUGCAAAGUCAUCAGCGACAAUUUGAAAGAGCAUCUGGCGGUCAUCCCCAAUUUGGUCAUGGGGGUGCUCGAGUGUCAAGAGUUGGUCUCCCCUGAUAACAUGGACCAGUUUGUUCAGGCCAUGCUGCGAGCUCGCAUUUCGAGACGAGUCAUUGCCGAGCAACAUCUUGCUUUGACAGAGACCUUUAAUUCACCAUGGCAUGUGCCUCAACCCAGUUCUGAGAAUGAAUUUGUCGGCGAGGUUCUCCUCCGGUGCAAUGCAAAGGAGGUCAUUGAGCGAGUUGGCCAUUUCACCCAACAAAUUUGCAAAUCAACCAGUGGCGCUGACCCACCAGUGCCUGAGAUUCGGAUUCAAGGCCAUACCAGCGCUACCUUUCCCUACGUGCUGAGCCAUCUGGAGUACGUGGUCGGAGAGCUCUUGCGGAACUCGGUGCAAGCAGUUAUGGAGAGAUACAAAGACACUCGAGAAACUCCUCCGCCCAUCGAUGUGUUGAUCUGCGAGGCCCCGCAAAACGUGGUCAUCCGAAUCUCUGACCAAGGUGGGGGCAUACCUCGAGACAUCACUCCCUUCUUGUGGUCUUUUAACAAAGGACCAAGAAGUGCCGCACGGUUGCAAAACUUCAAGGACGUACCCACCCUUGCAGCCACAAUGCAGGAAGUCCGAGUCUCUGCGACGGAUAAGCCUAGUGGGAAAGUGAGGGAUUCCUCGCUCACUACGCUGGCUACAAGGCCCCCAAAUCUGAGACUUGGCAUGGGUUUACCUAUGAGCAGAGUAUAUGCUGAGUACUGGGCUGGUGGGCUGGAACUGCACAGUCUGGAAGGCUAUGGUGUGGAUGCGUUCCUGCAAAUCUCUAAGUUGGGCAACCAAAACGAGCAGCUUACUUCCCGCGCAAGUAUUGACGCGGUCUGA